AUCAGAAUACUGGAAGAACUGUGUGUUCCAGGAUCAUCAGCAGGAAAUCGUCGAGAAGUCGGGCUGCUACUGCUUUUCGGAACAUAUAUAAUGCUCGAUUCUCUAGUGCUUAUUGGACUUGCAGUCGUCGGCUAUAUUGGUUAUCGUAAACUGAAGGAACAGCGCCGCAGUCAUGGCGAAUAUCGACCACAGUUCGAGGAAUACCAGCAUGCCAAAAAUUUACCCUAUUUGCAGCCUCCAUCUAUAGAAGGGUUGAUUUAA